GGGCGGAAGGAACGUCUCCGGCUAAGACGGAACGAAAGAUGGCGGCGGAAACGCUGCUGUCCAGCCUGUUGGGGCUGCUGCUGCUGGGGCUCCUGUUCCCUGCGCCCCUGACGGGUGGCGUCGGGAGCCUGAAUCUGGAGGAGCUGAGCGAGAUGCGCUAUGGCAUCCAGAUCCUGCCGUUGCCUGUCAUGGGAGGGCAGAGCCAAGCUUCGGACGUGGUGGUGGUGUCGUCCAAGUACAAGCAGCGCUAUGAGUGCCGCCUGCCAGCUGGAGCUAUUCACUUCCAGCGUGAAAGGGAGGAGGAGGCACCUGCUUACCAAGGGCCCGGGAUUCCGGAGUUGUUGAGCCCAAUGAGAGAUGCUCCCUGUCUGUUGAAGACCAAGGACUGGUGGACGUAUGAAUUCUGUUAUGGACGCCAUAUCCAGCAGUACCAUAUGGAAGACUCCGAGGUCAAAGGUGACGUCCUCUACCUCGGCUAUUAUCAGUCAGCUUUCAACUGGGAUGAUGAAACCGCCAAGGCCUCCAAGCAGCAUCGGCUGAAACGCUACCACAGCCAGACCUAUGGCAACGGGUCCAAGUGUGAUCUCAACGGGAGGCCCCGAGAGGCCGAAGUUCGGUUCCUGUGUGAUGAGGGCGCGGGUUUAUCUGGGGACUACAUCGAUCGCGUAGACGAGCCCUUGUCCUGCUCCUACGUCCUGACCGUUCGGACUUCUCGGCUCUGCCCCCACCCUCUCCUCCGGCCGCCAGCCAGUGCUGCUCCACAGGCCAUUCUUUGUCACCCGGCCCUGCAGCCUGAUGAGUACAUGGCCUACCUCCAGAAGCAAGCUGAGUCCAAGCAGCGGGAAGAGAAAAUGACAGACGAAGCUCAAGACACAGAUCACCAAGUGUGGAGUGAGACCAAGUCUGCUAGAGUACCCCCAAAGAAAGAAGAUGCCAGCCCAACCAAGGAAGAUAAGGAGUCAGAGUUCUGGAAGACGCUACACGAGCCAGAGGAACAGGCUGCCGGAGGAGAGGAGGCACGGGCAGGGGAGCAGGACCUGAACCCUGAGGCUGCAGCAGAUCCAGCUCCCAACCCUCCUAAUGAUUUUCAGAACAAUGUGCAGGUCAAAGUCAUUCGGAGCCCUGCAGACUUGAUUCGAUUGAUAGAGGAACUGAAAGGCGGAGCGAAGAAGGGGAAGCCAAGCACAGCCCAGGAGCAGCCUGGAGAUGACGCCGCGGAGACUCCUCAGAGGGAAGCAGAGCUGAAGGAAAAGGCGGAUGAACCUCAGGCUGCGGUGGAAGACGAGGAGGAGGAAGAGGAGGAGGAAGAGGAGCGGCAGUUAUUAGGAGAGUUCGAGAAGGAGCUGGAAGGGAUGCUACUUCCCUCAGACCGAGAGCGGCUCCGCUCAGAGGUUAAGGCUGGCAUGGAGCGAGAACUAGAAAACAUCAUCCAGGAGACAGAGAAGGAACUGGACCCAGACGGGUUGAGGAAGGAGUCGGAACGGGAGCAGGCGAUACUGGCUCUGACGUCCACUCUCGACAAACUCAUCAAGAGGCUGCAGGAAAACCAGAGCCCAGAUCUGGUGCAGAAGCACAAGAAAAAGAGAGCUGUCCCUCAGAAGCCUCCCCCGUCACCGCCCCCUACAGAGGAGGAGCCUGAGCACAGAGUCCGGGUCCGAAUCACCAAGCUCCGUCCCGGAGGCCCCAAUCAGGAUCUGACUGUCCUGGAGAUGAACCGGGAAAACCCACAGCUGAAACAGAUCGAGGGGCUGGUGACAGACGUGCUGGAGAGGGAGGGUCUCGCCGCCGAAGGCAAGAUCGAAAUCAAAAUUGUGCGCCCCGGGGCUGAAGGGAGCGAGGAGGAUACGCGUUGGCUGACGGAUGAAGACACAAAAAACCUUAAGGAGAUCUUCUUCAACAUCUUGGUGCAGGGAGCCGAGGAGGCCAAUAAAGAGCGCCAGCGGCAGAAAGAGCUGGAGACCAACUACCGCCGCGUGUGGGGCUCCCCAGGCGGCGAGGACACCGGGGACCUGGAGGAGUUGGACUUCUGAAACCAGCACUGCCAGCCUUCCAAGGAUUUCAGAAUCGUCCUGAUUGGCUCCGCCUCCUCCUCCUCCCCCACCUCGGGGUGGGGUGGGGGUCCCCAGAGGCAAACGGGCCGGUUGGAGCCCAGCUCUGGACUUCAGGGGCCCAGCCCCCGAGGGUGUGAGGGUGUGUGUGGGCCCAACAAGGGAGAGCCACCCUAAGGCCUCGCCAGGCCUAUGGGCCCCAGGCCCCAAACAUGCCUUCCUUGGCCUCUUCGGCUUUUCCUGUCCCCGACUUCUUAGCUCUUACCCCAUUUUACCCAGAGAUGUGGUAAGAUCUCGUGACGGGGGCAUGGUGGGAAAAGCAGUUGAUCAGACUCCAGGAGAGCAGGCCCCACGCUACCCCACCCUACCUCGAUGCCCUGUUGCUGAUGAGAGCUGCUCGCACCCCCCUCCCCUGGAUUCCCCCCUCCUCCCUGUCCCGAUAUCUGUGCUUCUGAGUCAGGAGCCCUUACCUCUGUCACUGAGGGAAUAGACCUUACGUCUCACCUCACACACACAAUCCCAGCAAAAAGGGCUGGAUGUGGAGCCACCCACCAUGUUCUUCAGGUUUCUAAAUAAAGAACUGGACCACCA